AUGCCAGGUGGGAGGGGCGCGCUUGACCCAGGGCACCCACCAGGACCCGGGGCACCACCAGACCCAGGGCACCGCCAGGACCGGGGCACCCACCAGGACCCAGGGCACCUGCCAGACCCGGGGCACCCACCAGGACCCAGGGCCCCACCAGGACCUGGGCACCCAAGACCCGGGCACCCACCAGACCCAGGGCACCCACCAGACCCGGGGCACCCACCAGGACCCGGGGCACCCACCAGGACCCGGGCACCCACCAGGACCUGGGCACCACCAGGACCCGGGCACCCACCAGACCCGGGCACCGCCAGACCCGGGCACCCACCAGGACCGGGGCACCCACCAGGACCGGGCACCCACCAGGACCCAGGGCACCCACCAGGACCCGGGGCACCCACCAGACCUGGGGCACCCACUGGGACCCGGGCACCCACCAGGACCCGGGGCACCCACCAGACCUGGGCACCCACCACCGGGGCCCCACCAGACCCGGCACCCACCAGGACCCAGGGCACCUGCCAGGACCCGGGGCACCACCAGACCCGGGCACCCACCAGACCCAGGGCACCCACCAGGACCCAGGGCACCCACCAGGACCGGGGCACCCAGACCGGCACCACCGACCCGGGCACCCACCAGGACCCGGGCACCCACCAGGACCCGGAGCACCACCAGACCCAGGGCACCCACCAGGACCCAGCACCCACCAGGACCCGGGCACACCAGGACCCGGGCACCCACCAGACCCGGGCACCCACCAGGACCCGGGGCACCACCAGGACCUGGCACCCACCAGGACCCGGGGCACCCACCAGGACCCGGGGCACCCACCAGGACCCGGGGCACCUACCAGGACCCAGGGCACCCACCAGACCAGGGCACCCACCAGGACCUGGGCACCCACCAGGACCCAGGGCACCCACCAGACCCAGGGCACCCACCAGGACCCGGGCACCACCAGGACCCGGGGCACCCACCAGGACCUGGGCACCCACCAGACCUGGGCACCCACCAGACCCGGGGCACCCACCAGACCCAGGGCACCCACCAGACCCAGGGCACCCACCAGACCUGGGGCACCACCAGGACCCGGGGCACCCACCAGACCCGGGGCACCCACCAGACCCGGGCACCCACCCAGGACCCGGGCACCCGCCAGGACCCGGAGCACCUGCCAGACCCGGGGCACCCACCAGGCCUGGGCACCCACCAGGACCUGGGGCACCCACCAGACCCGGGGCACCCACCAGACCCGGGGCACCCACCAGGACCCGGAGCACCCACCAGGACCUGGCACCCACCAGACCCGGGCACCCACCAGACCCGGAGCACCCACCAGACCCGGGCACCACCAGACCCGGGGCACCCACCAGGACCCGGAGCACCCACCAGGACCUGGGGCACCCACCAGGACCCGGGCACCCACCAGGACCCAGGGCACCCACCAGACCUGGGCACCCACCAGGACCCGGGGCACCAGGACCCGGCACCCACCAGGACCCGGGCACCAGACCCAGGGCACCCACCAGACCCGGGCACCCACCAGACCACCCACCAGACCCGGGGCACCCACCAGACCCGGAGCACCCACCAGGACCCAGGGCACCACCAGGACCCGAGCACCCGCCAGGAUAA